AUGAGCAGUCUGAUCACUCAGGAUGAAAGUGCAGCAGAACUCUGUAAGAUCCUGAAGGAACCCCACUUCCAGGCUCAUGAGCGAUUGGAGGAUGUUAAGCUGGAGGCGGUGCAAAGUAAUAACGUGGAGCUAGUGAGUGAGAUCCUGUCUGAUAUGAGCAGUCUGAUCACUCAGGAUGAAAGUGCAGCAGAACUCUGUAAGAUCCUGAAGGAACCCCACUUCCAGUCCCUGUUAGAAGCUCACGACAAGGUGGCCUCUAAGUCAUAUGAAGCUCCUCCCACCAGCACCAAUUCCACCAGCAUGACCAGCUCAUCCCUCAUGUCGGCUGACACUGUUCGCAUGAUCAGCAUCCAGAAGAAGGCCGGAGAGCCUCUGGGUGUAACAUUCCGGGUGGAGGACGGCGACCUUGUCAUCGCGCGUGUUAUGCACGGAAGCAUGAUUGACAGACAGGGGAUGCUGCACGCAGGUGAUGUCAUCCGAGAGGUGAACGGCCGAGAGGUGGGCAAAGAUCCCAUGGCGUUACAGCACAUGCUAAGGGACUGCAAUGGAAGCAUCACACUCAAAAUCCUGCCCAGCUACAGGGACACGCCUCCACCCGCACAGGUCAGCACACCACUGAUUCACAGCAAACCCAAUACUCAAGUUAUUUUGUCUCCGCCCAUUCUCACUCAGGCUCAUGAGCGAUUGGAGGAUGUUAAGCUGGAGGCGGUGCAAAGUAAUAACGUGGAGCUAGUGAGUGAGAUCCUGUCUGAUAUGAGCAGUCUGAUCACUCAGGAUGAAAGUGCAGCAGAACUCUGUAAGAUCCUGAAGGAACCCCACUUCCAGUCCCUGUUAGAAGCUCACGACAAGGUGGCCUCUAAGUCAUAUGAAGCUCCUCCCACCAGCACCAAUUCCACCAGCAUGACCAGCUCAUCCCUCAUGUCGGCUGACACUGUUCGCAUGAUCAGCAUCCAGAAGAAGGCCGGAGAGCCUCUGGGUGUAACAUUCCGGGUGGAGGACGGCGACCUUGUCAUCGCGCGUGUUAUGCACGGAAGCAUGAUUGACAGACAGGGGAUGCUGCACGCAGGUGAUGUCAUCCGAGAGGUGAACGGCCGAGAGGUGGGCAAAGAUCCCAUGGCGUUACAGCACAUGCUAAGGGACUGCAAUGGAAGCAUCACACUCAAAAUCCUGCCCAGCUACAGGGACACGCCUCCACCCGCACAGGUGUAUCUGAAGCCACAUUUCACCUACAACCCUGACACAGAUAAUCUGAUCCCUUGUAAAGAGGCGGGUUUGGCUUUCUCUAAAGGAGACAUUCUGCACAUAGUGAACAAGGAGGACCCCAACUGGUGGCAAGCAUGCAAUAUAAACGGAGGCCGCACUGGCUUGAUCCCCAGUCAGUUUCUUGAGGAAAAGAGGAAGGCGUUUGUAAGGAGAGACCUGGAUGGAUCAGGAAUCCUCUGCGGGACAUUAACUGGAAAAAAGAAGAAAAAGAAAAUGAUGUACUUGACAGCGAAAAAUGCAGAAUUUGAUCGCCAUGAAUUACAGAUCUAUGAGGAAGUGGCAAAGAUGCCUCCAUUCCAGAGAAAAACUCUUGUGCUGAUUGGUGCACAAGGAGUGGGCCGCCGAAGCCUCAAGAACCGCCUGAUUGUGUUGAACCCACUGCGAUAUGGAACUACUGUACCUUUCACUUCUCGGCAUCCACGUGAUGAGGAAAAGGACGGCCAGUCGUACUGCUUUGCGUCCCGGGAGGAGAUGGAGACAGACAUCAAGGCAAGUCGCUACCUUGAGCAUGGAGAAUAUGACGGCAAUCUGUACGGAACCAAAAUCGACUCCAUCCAUGAAGUGGUUCACACAGGACGUACUUGCAUACUGGACAUCAACCCACAGGCACUAAAAGUACUGAAGACAUCAGAGUUCAUGCCAUUCGUGGUUUUCAUUGCCGCCCCAGAGCUCGAGACACUACGGGCCAUGCACAAAGCUGUGGUGGAUGCUGGGAUCACAACCAAGCUACUGACGGAAACGGACCUAAAGAAAACCGUGGACGAAAGUGCCAGGAUCAAGCGGGCAUACAAUCACUACUUUGAUCUGACUAUAGUUAAUGACAAUCUGGACAAGGCCUUUGAGAAGCUGCAGGCAGCUGUGGAGCAGCUGGCCACACAACCACAGUGGGUCCCUGUGAACUGGGUUUACUGAGACGUACAGCGGUCCAGACACCCCAUCAUCAUCAUCAUCGGUGGCACAAUGAUAGGUCAGCGGCACAGAACACAAGUUCACAUUCAACGGACCCACCAGUCACUAUGCAAAUGUACACUAGCCAUCCGGUCACGACAGACAUAAGGGAAGUGUACUUAUUUAUUUACAUUUUUUUUAUUUUCCACUGACUAAACUUAAAUAGUUGGAGGGAAAAAACAAAUAGGAUUUGUUUUUUUAUGAAUGGCUUGUCAUUAAAAAAAAUAAUUUUCCAAAUAAGUAUAAGCUGCAUUAUAGUAUUUAAAUCAGGGGACUGUUUUCUUACUGUAAUUUUAGUGUGACAUGUUGGUUUACAGUGCAGGAUUCAUCUCACAUCUCCAUCUUUCUGAAACGUGCUAUCAUACAGUUCAGUCACUACAGUAUGCCAAAUUAUUUAAACAGCUUUAGAUUAUCCAGCUUCUGACUGGAUAAUCUAAGAGUGUCAUCCUGUUUUCCUCUUUGAUUUCAUUUGAGUUACAUUCAAGGAACGCUAGGAGUAAGCCAAAUUUGACUUUUAUAAGUAUCACAAUAGCACUUUAUUUUACAGUCCUGUUUUGUACGUACUGUAAUAACUAGGUACUAAUCCUGAACCUAACCUUAAAGCCCAGAGUAUACUUUAGUUUCGAUGCAAAUGCUUAAAGGGGUAGUUCACCAAAAAAAUGGUCACUUAC